AUGGAAUCGUGCUGCAUCGAGGAAUUUCUCGAGGGCAAGACCAUUUUCAUCACUGGUGCAACGGGCUACCUAGCAAAAAUUCUCUCCAAGAAGAUACUCAGAUUCCAACCAAAUGUGAAGAAGCUCUACUUGCUAAUGAGAGCUCCAUAUUCAAAUUCAGCUAAACAACACUUCAACAAAGAGGUUAUAAAAACUGAUCUGUUUGGAGUUCUGAGGGAGAAGUUGGGCGCCAACCUACAUGGCUUUCUGGAAGACGAGGUUUUCCCAGUUGCAGGGGAUAUAGCUUGCGAUAGUUUGGGGAUAAAUUCUGAGCUGAAAGAUGAGAUGUGCAGAGAAAUAGGCAUAAUUGUAAACUCAGCUGCAACAACUAGAUUUGAUGAAAGAUAUGAUACUGCAAUAAGCACCAAUGUAUUGGGUGCCAUGCAUGUUCUCAAAUUUGCCAAGCAGUGUUCAAAACUUAUGAUGCUUCUCCAUGUAAGCACAGCCUAUGUUUGUGGGGAAAAGGAAGGAUUGAUACUAGAGAAGCCAUUGAGCUAUGGUGAGACGCUUAAUGGAAGCUCUCAUUUAGAGAUAGACGUGGAGAAAAAGUUGGUAGAGGCGGCACUAAAGGACCUUCAAGAUAGGAAUGCCAGAGAAAAAGAAGUUACAUUAGCCAUGAGAGCUCUAGGUAUUGAGAGGGCAAGGCUACAUCGAUGGCCGAACACAUACUCAUUCACAAAAUCAAUGGGAGAGAUGCUUUUGGUACACCUCAAGGAGGAUCUCCAACUCAUAAUUCUACAGCCAACAAUUAUAUCGAGCACCUACAAGGAGCCAUUCCCUGGAUGGAUUAAAGGAAUGAGAACCAUGAACACGUUCAUUGUUAGCUAUGGUAAAGGAAAACAGGAAGAUGCAAUGGGUGGCAGAGAAACCAUAACAGAUGUGAUUCCAGCAGAAAUGGUUGUGAACUCAAUCAUUGCGGCGAUGGCAGUUCAUCGAAAUCCAUCUUCCCGUACAGCUGUUUACCAUAUUAGUGUUGGGCUAUGA